AUGUCGUCUACGUAUAAGUAUCUCAACUGCGCUUCUCAGCAGUGUCAGAGUUUGGGUGCCUGUCCGAACAACGAUAACAAUGUUAACUGUACCCGUACUCAAGAGUAUGGCGACAAGUCGGAGGUGGACGAGCUCACGUCGUCUGAGACGCUAACUGUGGGCUCUCAGCCGGUGGAGGAUUUUGUCUUCGGAUGUGCGAGUGCGGCGAGCGGACUCAUCCAGCGCUCGCCUGGAUUGGUUGGGUUUGGGAGGGAUGCUCUCUCCUUCGUUUCUCAGACGACCAUGCCAUAUGACAAGCUUGUUUCCAUCCCAGAGGGGACCUUCACCUUCAACAAAUCGACGGGAAGUGGGACUAUCAUAGAUUCGGGAACAGUUAUCACUCGACUGGUGGAGCCCGCUUACAAUUCAAUGAGAGAUACUUUCAGUCGUCAGCUCUCCAAUCUGACUCAGGCUAGUCCCACGGAGCUUUUUGAUACCUGUUAG